AUGCCUCCCGUGGUAAUUGACAUCCGCAGUGCGGAAGAUUUGCGCGACGUGGUGCACCGUGCCGUACAGGCUCUGGCCGAAGGGCGAUUGGUCGCCUUUCCGACCGAGACGGUGUACGGACUCGCCGCAAGCGCGUUGAGCGAAGAAGCGGUUGACCAGUUGGUUGCCGCCCGGGGCGAUGUUGCAGAUCAGUCGUUGGCCCUCGCCGUGAAGGGUGCCGAAGAUGCCCUGGACUAUGUGCCAGAUUUGAGCCCGUUGGGUCAACGUUUGGCUCGCCGCUGCUGGCCGGGCCCGGUGACGUUGCUGGUCGAAGAUCGGCAUCCCGAGGGGUUGAUUCAGCAGUUGCCCCAGUCGGUACGCGAGUUGAUCGCCACCGACGGUCGGGUGCGACUGCGUUCACCAGCGCACCCGGUGAUCCUCGAUGUACUGCGACUUCUGCCAGGGCCGGUGGCUAUUGCCAGUGCGAAUCGAAGCGGAGCGGCCGAGUCGGUCACCGCCGAAGAGGUGGUACAAGCGCUCGAUGGCAACGUGCAGAUGGUGUUGGAUGACGGUCGGAGCCGUUUCGCUCAGCCGGCUUCGGUGGUGAAGGUGGAUAACGAGAACUACGAGAUUAUUCGUCCGGGGGUGGUUUCAGACCAGGUGCUGAAACGACUGUCGGGCUUCAUGGUGUUGCUGGUUUGCACGGGCAACACCUGUCGUAGCCCGAUGGCCGAGAUGAUCUUUCGGCAUAUGAUUGCCGAGAAAAUUGGCUGUAAACCAGAAGAAGUUGAGGAUCACGGCAUCAUCAUCAUGUCGGCCGGCAUUGCGGCGAUGAUGGGAGGUCGGGCCAGUGCCGAAUCGGUGUCGGUUUGCGAUUCUCUAGGCUUCGAUCUGCGGAACCACGAAAGCCAACCACUGACGCCGCAGUUGGUUCGCCACGCCGAUUUGAUUUUGACCAUGACCCGUUCGCAUCGUGAGGCGAUCGUUAGCGAAUGGCCCGACGCCGGCCGUCGUACAUUCGCACUGGUGCAAAGCGGUGGCGAUGUGGCCGAUCCAAUCGGCGGGCCGGUUGGGAGAAAGACGAUGCAAAUCGCCAUUGGUAGCGAUCAUCGUGGAUAUCAAGUAAAGACGAAAAUUGUCGAGCUGCUCAAACGGUUGGACCACAAGGUCAUCGACGUGGGCACCGAUGACACAGAGAGCGUCGACUAUCCAGACAUUGCGGCCGAUGUUGCGCACCGCGUGGCGAAAGGCGAAUGCGAUCGAGGUAUCUUGAUCUGCGGUAGUGGGCUGGGGAUGUGCAUCGCCGCCAACAAAGUGCCAGGAAUUCGGGCCGCAUCGUGCCACGAUGACUUAACGGCCGAGAUGAGCCGCAGGCAUAACAACCUGAACGUGCUCUGCCUUUCGGCCGACAUGUUGGGUGAAAAGCUGAUCGACCGCAUGGUCGAGAUCUGGCUUAAGACCGAGUUCGAAGGCGGGCGCCACGCCCGUCGUGUCGAGAAGAUCACCAAGCUGGAACACGAUAUCGAUUGCUCAGAGCCGAGCUAA